AUGAAGGUUAUGGGUAAGGUGAUUUCCGAGCCUCAAUCGGCUUUCUUGAAGGAUCGGUUUAUCCUUGAUGGUCCUCUCAUGGUUAAUGAGGUGAUGGAAUGGCUGAAAAAGAGAAAUCACAAGGCGUUUAUGUUAAAAAUAGAUUUCGAGAAGGCCUACGACAAUGUCAAUUGGAAUUUCUGGUUAUCUAUUUUGGCCCAGAUGGGAUUCCCUCAGGUUUGGUGUGGAUGGAUUAAGGGGAUUCUCGUGUCAGCGAGAGCCGCGGUUCUUGUUAAUGUCUCACCGACUUUCGAAUUUAUGUGUGAGAAGGGACUUCGUCAAGGUGAUCCUAUCUCGCCAUUUCUUUUCUUGAUUGUUAUGGAAGCUCUCUCGUGGUUAUUGAAGAAAGCUAGAGAGAUCGGCGAAUUUAAGGGUAUUAAUUUCGCUGAUAAUGAAGCGGAUAUUACUCAUCUUUUCUAUGCGGACGACGCUCUAAUUUUGGGAGAAUGGUCUCGUGAGAAUCUCCAGAACAUUGAGGUUGAUAACAUGAUGGAAAUUUUGGGGUGUAAAAGAGGCGGGUUUCCUUUUGUUUAUUUAGGUGUUCAUGUAGGAACUAACAUGUCUCGUAUUAGCAACUGGAACUUGGUUGUUGAAGUUAUAAAGGCUCGUCUUGCAUCUUGGAAAGCGAGAACGUUAUCAAUGGGGGGCCGUUUAAUUCUUAUUAAAUCGGUUCUUGAAAGUUUACCUAUUUAUUAUCUUUCUCUCUAUAAAGCUCCUAAGGCGGUGAUUGAAAGUAUCGAAGCUAGUAUGAGGCGUUUUUUAUGGGCGGGUUGUAGUGAAGAAAGAAAGAUUCCGUGGGUAGCUUGGGAUGUUAUCACUACUCCGAAAAAGGAAGGCGGUCUAGGCGUAACCAAGUUGCAAGACGUGAACGAAGCGCUUCUUCUAAAAUGGACGUGGCGUUUCAAAAAAGAAGGUAAUUGCUUAUGGAAGAAAGUUGUUACGGGAUGUCAUAGUUCGAGCCGGGCUUGGACUAUGUUACCAUGCAGUCCAUCGGCUAGCGGGUGUUGGAAACAAAUUGUCAAAAUAGGGGAGAAAAGACUUCCGAAUGGUAAUUCUCUUAUUAGCUAUUUCGUUGGUAUACCUGGCGAUGGGUCAACGAUUAACUUUUGGGGAGAUACUUGGUUGCGCGAAGACCCUCUUCGUAUUAUAUAUCCGAACUUAUUCAGGUUGGAAAAACAUAAAUGGGCUCCUGUGUCUUCUCGGUUGCAAUGUGUGAAUGGUGAGAAGAUUCUUUCCUGGGAUUGGCGCUCGGUUCCAUCGUCGUUUGAUGAGCUUAUUGAGUUGUUGCACCUGCUCGAGGAUAUUCACGAUUACAAUUGGGUAGGUGGGGUUGAUGUGUGGAAAUGGAAGGGAGAUUCCAAUGGGAUAUUUUCUAUGAGUGCAGCUAAGAAACUGUUAGCUUCUACAUCGAUGCUGAUAAAUGCAUCGAACAUAAAGUGGAAAGGGUGGGUUCCGUUAAAGUGCAAAAUCAUGGUUUGGAGUGCUAGUCUUAACCGGCUCCCUACUAGACUGGAACUUCAAAAACGUGGAGUCCCAAUGCAGAAUGUUUCAUGUGUUUUGUGUAAUUCGGACUCGGAGACGGCAAUCCAUAUGUUCACUGGGUGUGUUUUUUCGGCUGAGAUUUGGGCUAGAGUGGCCAGUUGGUGUCGGUUGAGUGCGAUGUUUGCAUUCGAUGUGCCGGAUCUAUUGAAAAUGGCGGAAAACCAUACAAACACGAAGAAGGCGAAAUACAUUUUAAGAGGUAUCAUUUAUACUACAAUGUGGGUGUUAUGGGAACGAAAUGCUCGUAUUUUGAAAGAAAAUUUCCGUAGCAAAAUUACCACUUUUCUAGUAGUGAGUAGUGUUAUGUGUGAUGAGGAAUCUAUUUCGUCUCACUCUGAUGUUUCCGCCAUUUGGGGUGUAACACCAUUUCGCAGAUCCAUAGCUGAAAUUACUGAUAUAGGAGCUUUUAAAGACAAAUAUGGAAAUCUUGCAGUGUAUAAUGCAUGGUCUUAUACCCCGGAGAAUUAA